UGGAUUGAGAACAGAUGUGAGAUUCUAAAGCUCAAGAACAUUGUGAACAGCUAUGGAAAUAAAGGAAGUGGAUGUGGAUGAAAUACAAACAUAAUGAGAAGAAACAUUGUAAAUCCAAAAUCAAAUUUUGAACUGCAGAUGACAAGAAAAAUGAAGAAACUCCAGAAGAUGACACAGCAGAGAAGAGUAUUACUGAGGAGCAAGGCAUGCUGGCUAACAGUAGUCAAUGUCACCCAUAUGUUUUGCAUCCUGUGACCCAGAAAAACAAGACAGUACACAGAGUAGGUUCAACCACUUUCUUGGUUGGGAGCACACCAAAAAGAAUCCGCAGGAGACAAUUUGAGGAAAUGGUAUCCCACUUUAAUAUGGGAUCAGUGGAAGAACUUGCAGAACAUAUUGCGAAAGCUACAUCAGAAACAAGACAGAAGAUGUUGAAGGAAUUCUACAUCUCUAAGCAUCCAGAGGCGGAGUCUGUCUUCACGGUUGAAGUACCAACACAAGCUUCAAAUGACGGUGAGGAAAGAGAAUUGGGUACAACACACUCCAAAAAAAGAAAAUCCAUUGUUAAUUUUAGAAGAUCCAAGUCUACUUCUUCAUCAGCUAAAGGACCGCUUCUGAGCAGAGCUACAGAAGCACAGAGCUGUAAAGGAGAAAUGGAGCAGCUUCACGACUGCUACUUGCGAGAUGUGCGUGUUGAUGCAGAAUAUAAACAAUCACCCACUGUUGCAAGUCAACAUACUAAAAGGAGAAACAGUCAGGCAUUCAAGGAUUUUAUGGCAUCUGGCUCAUUAAGCAGUAAAUCAGAAAUAAUUGAGGUGCUGCCUGUAAAAGGCGGUAAAGGACAGCAGGACUUGGAAGGAACACUGCUGCCAAGAAAAAGAUCCCUGUCUCAGUCAGAAAACAGAGAGAGAAAAGCUCUGACUUGUAAGAAAAAGUCUUUUGUGGACUUACUUGGAGAUACCUCUAUUCUCAAUGACCUCUUCAGAAAUGAUGGAAAUGCUUCUGCAGAAUCACCAAGGAAAGUCCCCUCAAGGCAAGUCGAAAAACUGCAGGAGAGACCAAAGGAUUUCUGGGACAUGCUGAGUGAGCAGAAUGAGGAGAGCCUCAGAAAGCUGACAGAUAUAGCAGUCAUAGAGAAGCUGUGUGAAAGAGCUCCUCAUUCCCCAGUGACAGAAGAGAAAGAAGUGUGUGAAAGUUCUCUGUGGAAGAAAAAUGAAAAUUUUCUCUGGAAAAGAUACAGUUCAGAUGAUUCAGAUGGGCCAUCCACUGCUACCUCUUGAAAGGUAGUCAAGUGAAGGUUUUUUAUGAGAGUUGUGCUGUAUUUUAGUUGAAAUUAAAAUACAUACAACUUCAGCAAUACACAGCAAAACACGAUACCUCCAUGAAAUUAAAAGCACAAUGAUGAAGUAAUAUUUAUGAUUAUCUCCAUUUACAGGUGUGAAUAUAUGUAGUUGCAUGUUCAGUGUAUAGUACAUGUGUGCAUAAUAAUGUAUAUGUAUUUUAUCUUGUAAGCUACACCAAUUUUAAGUUAAACUUUUCAACUUUUUAAAAUGUUCUGAGUGCACUUUGCUUUCUGGAAUUCUGAUUAUAUUCCUAGAUUAGGAGUAUUUUAUUCCUAGUCUAGCAGCAGCAGCAUUGUCAGCAAGUUUGCUGAUGACACACAGCUGGGAGGAGUGGAUGACACAUCAGAAGGUUGUGCUGCUAUUCAGCGAGAUGUGGACAGGCUGGAGAGAGGUGGGGAGGCAUUCAGUGAAAUAUAACAAGGGCAAGUGCAGAGUGGCACCUGGAAAGACCAACCCAAUGUACCAGUAUAGUUGGGGACUGACCUGUUGGUCAGUGUAGGAGAAAGGGAGCUUGGGGUCAUAGUGGGCAACAGGAUGACCAUGAGUGAGGAAUGUGCUGUUGUGGCCAAGAAGGCCUGGGGUGUAUUAGAAGGGGCAUGGCCAGUAGGUCAGGAGAGAUCCUCCUCCCUCUCUCCUCUGCCGUGGUGAGGCCACAUCUCAAGUCCUGUGUCCAAUUCUAGGCCCCUCCAUUAAAGAAGGACCUCAGGCAGCUGCCUGAAAGAAUCCAGUGCAGUGCCACAAAGAUGAUGGAGUGAAACAUCUCCAUUAUGAGGAAAGGCUGAGGGAGCUGGGUCUCUUUAGCCUGGAGAAGAGGAGACUGAGGGGUGACCUCAUUAAAAUUUAUAUGUCCAGUGAUUAGAAGAAGAGGCAACGGGUGCAAUGCAAGCUAGAACGUAGGAGAUUCCAUGUAAACAUAAGGAAAAACUCCUAUCACUGGGAGGGUGACAGAACACUGGAACAGGCUGCCCAGAGGGGUUGUGAAAUUUCCUUCUCUGGAGAUACUCAAAACCAGCCUGAAUGCAUUUAUGUGUGAUACAACAUAGGUGAUCCUAGAAGUGUUCUAGUCCUCUAAUAUCAAAUGAUAUUAACAGGACUUGACACUGAUAUUCCAAGUGUUUUCUAAGCUACUGGAGACUUAGGGACUUGACAAGUUAGAGAGGAUGUCCUUGUGCUUAGUAGCCUUUGAUGAUUUUUUUAAAACUUAGUUCCUGCUCUCCCCUGUGAUUUCACCCAGUCUCUGUGAAGCUGUUGAGCUUCUAAUCUUCAGUGUCCUGUGGCAGUGAGUUUCUCGGCUCAGCUGAUAUGAGCAACCACUGAUUUUACUUUGUUUGCUCUUUUUCUGUGCAACACAUUAAAUUGUGCUAAAUGUCAAA